AUGUCAUUUCUUCCUUCCCUCUUCUCUUCCUCCCUUCCUUCUUUCCUUGCUUGCUUCUUUCUUUGCUUCCUCCCUUCCUUCUAUCUUCCUUCCUUACUUACUUCUUUCCUCCCCUCCUUCCUUCCUUCCUUGCUUCUUUCUUUCCUUCCUUCUUUCUUCCUUCCUUCCUUCUUUCUCUCCUUCCUCCCCUCCCCUCCUUCCUUGCUUCCUCCGUUGCUUCCUCCCUUCCUUCUAUCUUCCUUCCUUACUUACUUCUUUCUUUCCUCCCCUCCUUCCUUUCUUCCUCCCAUCCUUCCACUCUUCUUCCUUACUCCCUCCCUCCCUUCCUCCCUUCAUGGCUUCCUUCCUUCCUCUGUUGCUUCCUCCCUUCCUUCCUCCAUUCCUUACUUCCUUCCUUUAUUCAAUAUGCGGCAAUCACAUUUCUCCAGUUUCUCUUUCACUCUCACUCUCUCUGUGUCUCUCUCUCUCUCUCUCUCUCUCUCUCUCUCUAUCUAUCUAUCUAUCUCAGUCUUCAUUAUCAUUCUAUCUAGCAAACGAGCUAUCUAUCUAUUUAUCUUCUGUUUCUUUCUCUCUAUCUAUCUAUCUAUCUAUCUAUCUAUCUAUCUAUCUAUCUAUCUAAUUCUCCGCUUUAUCUUUCCUUUAGCUAACUCUCCUUCAUACAAAGCCUGA